CCCUUCUUUCUCUCUCUUCCUCCCAUUUCCCCUCUCUGUUCCUUUCUCCCCCUCCCUCUCCUGCCUCUUCAAUGUCCGACUUUCUUUCACCUUUGAACUCCUCUCUUUCUUCACUUUUUCCUCUCCACUCCAGCUCCCUCUCUCGCUUUCUUGCAGUCCUUGUCUUUUCUCCUCCAUAUCAUAUCCCCUCCCUUUUCUUUUCCUCUCCCUCUUCUUAGAUGGGUGGAUGAGGGGAUUCUAGGUGGUUAUCCAUAGAAUAUAGUCAAUAGACAGGGAAGCUGAGGGUAGGAAUUCCUGCCAGUUUGGCGCUCAGCUCCCCGCCUUCAAGGCAAGGACAGACACCCCUUGGCCAGGGUCCCAUGUCUAGGGAGGGAGCUUGGAAGGGGGCUCUGGAAGGAGGUGGUGUCCCAGAGGUAGGGCUGGACAGUUCAGUGACGGGCUUCCCCCCCCCCCACUGCUGGGCACACAGGCAGUGAUUGGGCCCUUGUACAGCAGUCACAGAGACAGCCUCAGGUGAUUUCAAGAACCUCACUGGCUUCUGCUUACUCCCCCACCUUGGACCCAUGGGGGGGGAGGGGACUCCUGCUAAAAGUCAGCGAAGCACAAGCCACAGGGCCUCCCUUUGGGGUAGAUGUUACCCAAGCUUUCAGAAAGCUCCCAGGGUUCCAGGCUCCUGGGAAAGCUGGGGUGGACCUGGAACACUGGGUAGCAUGGAAGUGAGGCUGCCAGCUGUGUCCAGACCUCAGGCACCAGCUCCAGGAAGGUUAAAUAGUCCUCUUGCCUCAGGAGCCCCCACAUUAUUCCUUCCCCCAACUACCCCCUACUUUCUCCUUUAAUGGUUCGCCUUCUCUGCCUCCUUUCCUCUGGCCCCACUCCCCAUUCUUUCCUCUGCUUCCUCCAAUGCUUUCCCCCUCCUCCCUUCUUCCUCCUCCCAUGCUCACUCUCUCAGUACUACCCCUAACAUCCCCAGAAUGCUCCUCAUUCUGCCCCCCUUCUCCCAGCACUUUCUCCCCUCCUUCUCCUCCCAGUUCCAGCUCUCCCUGGGCAGCUCUCUGCUGGGGGAAAGGCUGAUUCAUCCACUGGGCCUGUGCUCUAUCCACUGAGUCACCUAGCUGCCCCUGGAGCUGAGCUUUGAAGGAGACUUGCGAUUCUAAGAGAUGCCAGUGAGGAUCGCGUGCAUUCCAGGCAUCCCUGGAGGACGGCUGGUCCAAAAGCAAGAGAUACAGCUGCUAUAAGGAAGAAACAGCAUGAAGUGUGCUCAGGACCCUGUCUGCUUCUGGAGGGAGGAACUGAGAGUAUAGGGCCUCAGGCAGCAGAAGACACACACCCUGUACUCUCCUCUCCAAGGACGGUUCCUUGCUAUCCCUUUCCUGAGGACCCCAAAGCAGCUUCCCCAACUGUUGUCAGAGUGUGGGAGAGUUACCUGCAGAGGUCAGCCUUGAAGGGUCUGCCCACCACCGGCCAACCGGCUUCCCAGAGAUGGCCUGGAAUUGCUCAUGGGAGAUCCAUGCCCAGAACAGGAAUAAGGUGUGCCCAGGGGCCAGUGAAGCCCCAGAACUCUACAGUCGAGGCUUCUUGACAAUGCAGCAGAUUGAGGCCUACCCACCGCCUGUCAUCAUGAGCUACAUUUUUCUGCUCAUCUGCCUGUGUGGGUUGGUGGGGAAUGGGGUCGUCCUCUGGUUUUUUGGCUUCUCCAUUAAAAGGAACCCCUUCUCCAUUUAUUUCCUCCACCUGGCCGUGGCCGACGUUGGCUACCUCUUCUGCAAGGCGGUGCUCUCCGUGCUGCAGGCAGGGGCCUUUCCCGGCACCUUUCCCACCUACAUCCGCUUUGUGUCAAGGAUCCUGGGCCUGGCCGCCUUCCUCACUAGCGUGAGCCUUCUGCCAGCUGUGAGCACUGAGCGCUGUCUCUCUGUCCUCUUCCCCACCUGGUACUGCUACCGGCGGCCCAAGCACAUGUCUGCCCUGGUGUGUGCCCUGCUCUGGGCUCUGGCCUUCCUGCUCACUACCAUCCACACCUACUUCUGUGUGUACAUUGCCCCCAGGCCCUCUUGGGGAGACUGCACCCACAUGGACAUAUUCCUGGGCAUCCUGCUCUUCCUCAUCCUUGCCCCCCUCAUGGUCCUGGCCUGCCUGGUCCUCCUGGUGAAGGUGGAGUGCAGGGCCAGCCGCCGCCAUCAGGCGUCCAAACUCAACAACGUCAUCCUGGCCAUGGUUUCUGUCUUCCUUGUCUCUUCCAUCUACUUGGGCAUCGACUGGUUCCUCUUCUGGAUCUUCGAGAUCCCGGCACCCUUUCCUGAGUACAUCACUGACGCAUUCAUCUGCGUGAACUGCAGCGCCAAGCCUGUCAUCUACUUCCUAGUGGGGAGGGACAAGAAGCAGAGAUUCUGGGAACCCCUGCGUGUGGUUUUCCAGAGGGCUCUCCGAGAUGGAGCUGAGCUGAAGGAGAGCGGGGACACCCCUAACACAGUGGCCAUGGAGAUGCAGCCAACCGUGGCCACUUCCUGAGAAGUCAGGGGCAGUCCCCAGGCAGGAGAGCCGUUCCUGGGCCCCGUGCGUGCUGCUCCGUGCCCCCAACACCACUGUCACACUGUGUUUGCACCCAUCCUCUCCUCCCUGUGGUUGGGAAUUCCCCUGUGGCUAGAGGCUCUGGGACCUGCAUUCAUUCAUUCAUUCAUUCUAGGAACAUGCAUGCAGCACCUAUGCAUACCAGCCACUGUGCUCCAAGCUGGGGUACAAAGACAGAACCAGCAUGGUGCCUGCCUUCAGGGAGCUUACACUCCACUGUUACAGGGACUAACCACAGGCAGCUCUCCAGAAGACCCAGGAGGCACCUUGGGUCUUCUUGUCUCAUCCAACUGGUGUCCGGCUCCUCGGAGGACUGAUCCAAGCUAUCCUCAGGUCUCACGUAAGCUCUCCCCUCCUUCCAAGCGGGGCCGGCCCUGGACAGCAUUGUGAAGUGGAGACUGUGUCUUCAGGCGGCUCUCAGCCUCAGCCACCCCAAGUGUGGCACUGCCUCCCUUCACCCCUCCCGGCUCUCGUCCCCAGAACCCUGGCUUUGGUCACCCUCCUGGUCCUUCCCUGCCACAGUCCCCCUAGAGAAGCAGCCUACAUUGAAGCGAGGCUCAUCUGAUCUCAUUUGCCCCAUGCCCUUUGGGGGACAGCAGCCGGCAAAAGGCAUUUUAACCUUAGCCUUCUGGAGGCGGUGGCCCCACCUUCCUGGUCUAGUCACUUGGUACCUAGAACAGUGGAAAUUUCCACAAAUGCUUGGCAGACAAGGACGAAAAACCUUUCUCUAUCCUUUAGCCACACUGUCCUCUGCUGUGUCCAGCAAGACUUAACUAGAGCUUCUGACCAGCCCUAGCCUAGCAGCUCAAGUGGUAAAUUGUCAUUGAUGAGAUGAAGGGAGCAAAUUGAGAACCAGCUAAUAGCUCAAUGGGUUGUUCUUCCCAAGUUCCUCCUACAUUCAUUUGUGUUUUAAAAGGGCGAAUCCCAGAGCUGGCCACGCCUUAACCCAAAGAAGGGAUUUUUCAGGAAAGGACAUUACUGGAGAAGAGAGGAUUCUGGGUGAAGGAGCCUUUCAGCCUCCAUCAUAUGACCCCCAGGGAGCUCUCCUACUGAGGAUCAUGGGAGAUCAAGGGCAUAAGGGACCUUAGGGGUCACUGAGUCCAACCCCCAAGGGCCUGCCACCAAGGGAGGCCUCUGUGAACCACCUCCGCCUGCUCCAGGAAACUGCCAACAGGGAAACGUUGGUCUAGACCUGUCCCAUUAGCCAGGCUGGUCUAGACCUGUCCCAUUAGCCAGCCAGGCCAGGACCCCCUAGCCCUGGGCAGGGCUGGGGACACACCACCCCACUUUCUACUCUUCCCAACAGGCCAAGCCAACCUUUCCAUUUAUGCCCGUUAGAGCCAUGAUCGGCUCACAGCCGAUAGGCUGUUUCUGAACGUUUCCAAGGAAGCUCUGUCGUAGGUGGCCCUUUCUCCUGGAGGCCAGAUUCCAACUCUCUGUGGUCAGAAAAGGCAGGUCUGGGAGUUCUCAACUCUUCCCAAUGCCCACUUGUUUUUGUUUUUGUUUUUGUUUUUGUUUUUUACAAAGUUUUAUUGAUUUUUUACAAUCUUGUCAAUUCCAAAAAAAUGUCCCACAUUCUUUUUUGUAAUAAAGUAUGGUUAAGCCAAACAAACCAACACAUUAA